AUGACCUAUGAUGAUCUGAGAGAAAACCUACUUGCUUUUGAAAAUACCUAUUUGAAAAAAGAUACUAAAAAGAAAGGAGUUGCUCUCAAAUCUGUCACUGAAUCCCUGAAAGAUGAAUCCAGCGAUGAUUCAUCUAACUAUGAUUUUGUUUUGUUUGCUAAGAAAUUCAGGAGAAUGAUGAAGCAAAAGGAACGAAACAAAGGAGGAAGUUUAAGGAAACUUAAGAGGGAUUUAAGCAAGGUCAUCUGCCACAACUACAGAGAAGCUGGGCAUUACAAGUUUGACUGCCCAAAUCUGAAGAAAGAGGACAAGCCGAAAAGAGAAAAGAAGAAGGGACUCAUGACAUCUUGGGAAGACUUGGAAAAUGAAUCUGAGGAUGAGGAAGAAUUGGGCAGCAAAUCUCAAAUCUGUCUCAUGGCCAAUCAAACUUAUGAGGUACGUCUCAUUGAACCUACUACUGAAGACUUUCAUCUUAUGAUAGAUCAUCUCAAUGAAAAAAUCAUAUGCUUCUUAAAUGAAAACUAUGAACUUGAAUCUCAAGUUACCAUUCUAAAAUCAGAAAAUGAUUUUCUCAAAGUCAAAUUAAGGGAAGCCGAAACUGCUGUUGAUUUUGUUGAAAAAAACAAGCAGUUAAAGGCUGAAAUUAAGGGCUGUGAAUAUCAUCAUUCUGUGAUUGCAAAUCUAAAUUUUUUUGAGAAAAAUGAAAGGCUUUAUAAAGAGGAUUACCCUCAUGAAUUCAUCAUUGGUGAUCCUUCACAAGGCAUAACCACAAGAUCAUCAAGAAAGAAGCAAGCAAAUGCAAGCAACAUUGCCUUCUUGUCCCAAAUGGAACCUCUCAAUAUGAAGCAAGCUCUAGAAGACCCCUCAUGGGUUAAAGCCAUGGAAGAAGAGCUAUCACAAUUUGAAAAGAAUGAGGUUUGGACCCUUGUACCGAAUUCAAAUGGUAAAAAGGUAACCGGUACAAAAUGGAUAUUCAAAAAUAAAUUGGGUGAGGAUGGAAGUGUUGUUCGUAAUAAGGCUAGACUAGUAGCCUAA